AUGGGCCUUGCCGAGUUCGGCCGCAAGGAGUUGACUUUGGCGGAGCAUGAGAUGCCAGGUCUGAUGGCAGCAAGGAAGGAGUUUGGACCAGCGCAGCCUUUCAAGGGUUUGAACAUCAACGGCUCCCUCCACAUGACUAUCCAGACAGGUGUCCUCAUUGAGACCCUUCAUGCUUUGGGCGCCAAAGCUGGCACUGCGACAGUCUUCGCAUGGAAGGGAGAGACCCUGCCAGAGUACUGGUGGUGCACUGAGCAGAUGAUGACGGUGCCAGGUGCUGAUGGUUGCGACCAGCUCGUGGAUGAUGGAGGUGAUGCUACUUUGCUCGUCCACAAGGGCAAGGAGUUGGAGGCGAAGUUUGCCAAGGAUGGCAGCCUCCCUGAUCCUGCAAGCACCACCAACGCCGAGUUCAAGUGUGUCUUGCAGGUGCUGAGGGACUCCAUCCAGGCCGACAAGACCAAGUACACCCGCAUGGCUGCCAAGUGCAAGGGUGUCAGUGAGGAGACCACCACAGGUGUGCAUCGCCUUCGCGAGAUGGCGGCCAAGGGUGAGCUGCUUUUCCCUGCCAUCAACGUCAACGACUGCGUGACCAAGUCCAAGUUCGACAACGUGUAUGGCUGCCGCCACUCUCUGCCUGACAGCAUCAUGCGUGCCACUGAUGUGAUGAUUGGUGGAAAGCGCGCCCUCGUGGCGGGCUACGGAGAUGUCGGAAAGGGAUGCGCCUUCGCCAUGAGGGGUGCUGGUGCCCGUGUGCUGAUCACUGAGAUUGACCCCAUUUGCGCUCUCCAGGCGUGCAUGGAAGGCUUCCAGGUGGUGACGAUUGAGGAGGUCGUGGGCGAGGUUGACAUUUUCACCUCUGCCACCGGCAACUUCAAGAUCAUCACCUUGGAUCACAUGAAGAAGAUGAAGAACAACGCCAUUGUGUGCAACAUUGGACACUUCGACAAUGAGAUCGCAAUG